AUGCCGUCCGUCAACUCACUGAUUCUCCUUCUUUUUCUCGUACUUCUCCCCGCCGCCCACCAGAACCCGAUUCCGACGGAUCAACUCGAAACCACCAAUGCCUAUCUCAGAUCUUUUCUUCCCUGGUGGCCAAAAACGGAAGAGAUUCAGUUGAGAACGGUAAGAUUUGAAAACGGCAAAAGUAAAUAAGGCUUUACAGGCACCGCUCCCUGAAAACUUGCUUCAAAACUCAACAAAUUCGACCGAAGAGAAUGAAAUUGUCUUUGGAAACAAGACGUCGUCUGGAAAUGCCACCGACAUUGAAUAUGACAACGAGCUCAUUGACCCGGCGAUGUUCCGAGUUUCAGAAGUUCCUUCCUCGCCCCUUGACGACUUUUCACCGUGUGUUUCGUGAAAAAUCCCUCUAAAAAGUCAUUUUUCUUCAGAGCUGGCGCGCCUAAGAGUCUGCCGAGCAAUGACGACGGAAACUUCAUAAUCAACUUUGAUGAAAUGGGAGAAUGCCCGCGGGAUUGUUCGAAAGAUUUGCAGGAAACACUGGGACUCGUGCUCCAAGAAAUGAGCCACAUCGAACGAUACAAUCGGAUUUGCAAGUGCGGACUGUUCGCGCUUUUCUCUUCCCAAAUGCUUCAAUUUGCAGAAAAUACAAAGACGCUGGUAUUUGUGUAAACGAAGAUCCGCGAUGCAACAACGACGAUCGCGGAAUGUUCGAGAUGAUGACGAGUGGCCUCCACUACAUGUGCGUCGAGCAGGAACUCGCAUUCAAUGCCACCAUCAAGUGCAUCGACGAUGAAGCCGGAUUAGUGCAGGCUGAGUGCGAGGACCAGUGCCAAACGAAGAACGUCUUCAUGAACUGGAUAAUGCGCGGAAUGAUGCAAGACACGAUCCAGCAGGGAGUGAACGGAAUCGUCGGCGCCGCCACUGGCACGAAUCCCAAUCCGCUGGCCAUUUUGCAAGGAGGAGCCCAAGGAGCGGCGAACGGAUGGGCCGACAUGCUCGCGAACGUCGGAAAACCGCCGACUCCGGAGUCAGCGCAGCAGAACAUGGACAACUUUCGGCAGUUUACUAAUGAUUUGUGCAGGUAUCCACGAAUCGUUUAAUUGUAAAUCAAUACUGCUUCCAGAAUCGGCGACUGCAUGCUCGACUGCAUCCGUUCCAAGUUCAACACGAGAUGCGAGGGCUCCGCGGGCACUCUCCUCUCCGAAGUGUUCGUACGUCCGAUCGCCGCCUCGCAGAACAAGCUCUCCGUUCUGCGGCCCGUCAUGGGAAUGUUCAUGCCCGACCAGUGCGCCUACAUUCACAAGUAGACCCCAUUAAACUGUGCUCUCAUAAACUCGAACCGUUUUCAGCAAUGCCGAACUCAAAAAGCACCGAAUCGAUUCGACAAUGGACGAAGAACUGAAACGGAUGUACACGGAGAAGGCGGCCAAAGAGAUCAACGAGCGGACCAUGCAAGACGAAUUGGUACAGUCGAAACUUCUAAAGGAAUGCUGUUUUUCUUAUUGCAGCUCUCCAACCUGGUGCCUCUUGACGAAAACGGUGUCCCGUUGCCACGUGCUCUCCCCGAACUAAAACCGAUUGAAUCGCCGUUGGACAUCAGUGUGAAGACUUUGGAUCAGCUCAGUAAGAUCAUCCCUUUCAUUUAGAAAUUCGGAGAAUUCCUCCUUUCAGUCCUCGACAUGUACAGUAAAAAUGAGACGAAAGCGUUGAACAUUUCGGAGAAAAACAAUGUUACUGCCACGUUUUUGGAUGAGCCAGAAAUGAGAAAUCGACGUUGACGCCGGCGACGACCACGACCACAGAAGUGUAUUCAACGGAGAAACCGAAGGAAACAGAAGCUCCGGUGUAUUCUGAAUCACUCGAGAAAGAUGCUGAAGCAUCUGAAACAUCUGGACAGGCUUCUGGAGAAGUUGAGUUAUCUGGAACCGAAGGAGCUUCUGGAGAAGAAGCAUCGAGGGCAUCGGGAGCAGCUCCUGGAGAAGCGUCGGGAACCGAAGAAUCUUCGGGGGCCUCCGAAUCAUCUGACGACUCUUUUAAGUCAUCGGGGAUAGAAGAAGCAUCCGGAGCAUCAGCAGAGGCUUCUGGGACUGAGGAGUCUUCUGGAGAAGCGUCGGGAGCCGAAGAAACAUCUGGAUCCUCCCGAUCAGCUGACGACACCUUUGAGUCAUCUGGGACCGAAAAAACAUCUGGAGAAGAAGCAUCCGGAGCAUCGGGAGAGGUUUCUGGAAACGAAGAGUCAGCCGAUGAGAGUUCUGGAGCUGAGAAAUCUUCGGGAGCUUCUGAAGAGGCAUCCGGAGGAACAGAAACAACUGAAGAUGGAUCAGGAGAAACUUCUGGAUUAUCCGAAUCAUCUGGAACUAUCGUUAAGUCAUCUGGAAUAGAAGCUUCCGAAGAAGAAUAUGGAGCAUCUAGACAAGAUAUCCUACUGACCGGUUAUGACAAGAAUUAUAGCAUGUGA